AUGGCGAACAGCAAAUGCUUCGGGUUCUGUCUGCGUGGCAUCCACUUUAGGAGCGCCCGUGAGUGGAAGCAGUUCAUGAACCCAAAAGUCGACGGGACGAGGAUAAAGAAGAUCCGCAACGUCAGCGAGAAUGACAUGCUGCACAAGCACCGGGUCCACAAGUACCCCUAUUUUAAGAUGAAGAAAAUUGGCCAAUACAAAAAGGUCCAAAUGAGUGACAGCCACCUCUUCUGUCGAGACGUCGAAGUGGUGUAUGACCACCGGUAUGCGGACACGUUUGUAAAGCUGAAGGACAUCAUUUCAGCCAACCUGGAAGGAAUAACCAUCCGGGAGAGAUGCACCGACGACGCAUCCUUCGAAGUUUACGACUGCCUACGUAACAUAACCCUGAUUAAAAAAAAAAACCAAGAGUUAGAAGCUGAAGGGCUGUUUCGCGAGAUGGUGCAGAAGAUGCAGCAAGACGUAUAA